AUGUCUUCUAUCAAGGACCUGCUGAAUCCGAGUCCCUCAACCCGCUUGCAUUUGGUGCCAGAGCCAGCCCGCGAGAAAAAGACCAAGACUCCAAAGGACGGUGCUAUUUUUAGACCUGGCAAGCCCCAGGGUGAAGUUCGCUAUCCUCCCUGCGAGGAACGCGAUGAAGCACUCCUACAAAUUCACCGUGAAUUCAGACUCUACCCUCUGGGAAAUAUUGCCGAUUAUCCUCGACACAUUCCAUACAACAGUCAGAAGAAAGACUUCCAUGAGAAGACAGGACGUGACAGUUUCAACACUUUCCACUACGUAUUCCAGAAGCCUGGUGACGAUGUCAAGUGGAUGGUAAUGUGGGACUACAAUAUUGGACUUGUCCGCAUCACUCAUCUUUUCAAGUGCACUGGAUACACAAAGACUGCUCCCGGAAAACUUAUGGCCUACAAUGAUGGCCUACGAGGUAUUUCUCACAGUAUCACCGGAGGCGCCCUCGCCGCUCAAGGAUACUGGAUGCCUUAUGAGGCAGCACGGGCAGUAGCAGCUACCUUCUGCUGGGACAUCCGCCACGUCUUGACGCCACUCUUCGGGACCGAUUUCCCAUCGAUCUGCACCCCAACUGUAAGUGGGAAAGCACGAGACUUUCCAAAUAUCAAACUCGAUAGCUCUAUUAUUUUCAAUGCGACCCAAACAGCAAUGAACUACCGUCAGCUCGAAAAGGACCAAGAAUCGUCGUCCGAUGUUACCCAGAGCCCAGGUUCAGGUUCAGGUUCAACCAACCUAAAUGUAUCUACCGUGGACUACAUCCCAUAUCGCCAGGCGCACGCGAAGGUGGCUCGCCACAAUUACGCAGACAGUGUCAGCAGUACCCGUGACUCAUCUUCGGAGCCUUCCUAUUGCCACUCGCCCGGCAGCACAGUCAACAACUUCACGCCUGUGAAUGCCCCCAGAAAAUGGGAUAAUAUUCCUCGCUCCAGUGCCCCUUCCUCAGAAGGCCUGAUUGGCUACCGAAAGCGACGCACGCACCAUACAUUUGUGCGUACGCCUGAACCUACAACUGCGAGUAUGCUCGUGGAUCUUGGUUCGCGGAUCGAAAGUCAAUACUGGAACAAACAACGCCAGAAGACCUCCAAUGUCACCGGAGAUACCACUGUUGAUGAGCUGACCGAUUGCGAAUGGGAGUCGAGCUUGGACAACUCUCUUGCUGACACCGAUGAAGAUGAGGAAUUUGAGUCCGACGACGGUGAUGACGAGAACGAGGAGUACCAGGCUUCGAAGAGAGUACAUCGACGCAGAAAGAUCAUUAAACGUGCUGCUGGAGUCAAGCGCCCUGAUCGAAAUUCUAUGGCUAAUAGUCGCGUUGGGUGUGAGGUUCGGGCCGCACGUGCUUUGCUUCGUUUACACAUGGUGAGGCUGAACCAGAAGGAUAGUGACGACGAGCCGACUUCUGCUCAACGCGAAAAGAAGCGUCGUCGAUCUCUGUGA